GUUUUUUUUUUGAAGGUGGUAAAUUCGACAAAGUCGUUAUUUGAAGGUGGUAAAAAUCAAAAUUUCCUUAAUUUUAUGGAAACAAAAAUUUAAGUAUGGGUAGCGAACUUUUCAAUUGUGGUGGAAGAUAUUAUAGCUUCCAAUAAUUGCUUUAUUAUUUUUAUCAUAAUCAACCAUUAAAAAAAAUAAAAAAUUAAAGUAUUACUCAAUUACCGAGUCUUGAGUCCCUUCGACAUUAGUAUUAUUUAAAAUACCCGAUAUUAAUACGUAACAGAGAGGGUAUAUUCUUUUCAACGUGUCAAAUCAAAACGAUACGAGCCUUAUUUACAUGCUUCUUUCGGCAAAGGUCUUUGGGCCUUUAUUCACCCACCAAAACAACCCAAACUCCAAAUGAUCUCAACAACACAAACUUCUCAAAGAGAGAGAGACACACACCAAGAAAGCAGCUUAAAGCUUAAAAACAAUGGCACAUUCAAUCAGCUACCAUUUCACCAACAAAAACAUCAUUAAACAACAAAACACCCAUCAUUUUAUAAACCCCUCUCUAAAUCUCAGCAUCCUUUCUUGUCAACAACAACAACAAAUAAAACCCAAUGCCCAAAUUAAUAGAAGGGAAAUCAUACUAAGAAGCAGUGAAUUUGCUACACUUGCAGCAAUCUUCCAUUUCAGUGGAACAAAACCAGAAUAUUUGGGAGUGCAAAAGAAUCCACCUUCAUUGGCCUUAUGCCCUGCAACUAAAAAUUGUCUUUCCACUUCUGAAAACUCAUCUGACACUUCCCAUUAUGCCCCUCCUUGGAACUACAACCCUGAAGAAGGGAGAGGGAGCAAGAAACCUGUGAGUAGAGAAGUGGCAAUGCAGGAGCUUCUUGCAGUUAUUGAAUCAACAAAACCGGAGAAUUUCACACCCCGGAUCAUGGAGAAGAAAGACGAUUAUGUGCGUGUGGAAUAUGAAAGUCCCAUAAUGGGGUUUGUUGAUGAUGUGGAGUUCUGGUUUCCUUCGGGGAAGAAGUCAAUUGUGCAGUAUCGUUCUGCAUCUCGUUUAGGGAGUUUUGAUUUUGAUAUGAAUCGAAAAAGAAUCAAGGCUUUAAGGCAAGAGCUGGAGAAGAAAGGAUGGGCUUCAGAAAAUACUUACUAGCCAUAGUUUAUGAAGUCUCAAUGUAUGUGGGAGAUUCAGUUCUUCUAUUAGUGAUUCGAUUCCAUUUCCCUUUACGAACAAUCAGGAAGUAUUAAAGAAUAAAAAUGCCCAAGUAAUACUUCCAAACUGACUCUAAUGGAACCUGCUUCUCGGGUUCUUUCCAACCUGUAUUUGUUUUCUAAAAACUGAGUCCUCUGGAGAACUCCCCUGAUAGCAAAAUCAAAUGCAUCAUCUAUUGUUCCAACUUA